AUGCCGCUCCCCUCACUUCCUAUAUUCUUGGCAGCUCAGCAGCACUCGCGCAGCGACCCUAGCAAAAUUGCUGUCAUUGACACCACCAAGCAGCAAUCCUUCACAUUUACACAGCUUCUAGAAGAUGUCGAUACUCUGCGAAAGAAGAUUCUUGAUCUUCUAGGAUUAACGGUAGAUCUAGACGAGCGGCGCAUUGCGUUCCUAGUCCCCAGUGGAUACGACUACGUUGUUACACAAUGGGCUAUCUGGGCAUCUGGCGGCGUGUGUGUACCUCUUUGUACAAGUCACCCAGUCAAGGAGCUUCUAUACGCAAUUGGCGACUCGGAUCCGUCACUACUUAUUAUUCACCCAACAUUCGAGAAAAUAGGGCCAUCCUUACGCGAGGGUAUCAAGGCCGAGCUUCCAUUCAUGGGACUUGAUCCAAUUAACACCAACGAUUCACUCACUCUACCCACAUUCUCGCCUUCGUUCUCUCUCGACCGUCGCGCCCUAAUCAUCUAUACAUCUGGAACAACGGGCAAUCCUAAAGGAGGCGUGUCUACCCAUGAAAACAUCACAUUCCAAGCAUCUUCUCUCGUCAAGGCUUGGGAAUAUAGCUCGUCAGACCAUUUGAUUCAUGUGCUUCCACUCCACCACGUCCAUGGUAUUAUCAACGGCUUGACGGCAAGUCUUCUCAGCGGCGCAACGGUCGAAAUGCACCCGAAGUUUGAUCCAAAGGUUGUCUGGGAGCGGUGGUCUGAUGCUGGCUCUUCUACUUUGUUCAUGGCUGUGCCGACAGUGUACUCCCGUCUAAACGACUACUUCAAUGCCCACAUCCGCGGUACAAGCAACGAAGAAGCUGCUCGAACUGGUGCGCGCAGCCUGCGUCUGCUUGUCAGUGGGUCAGCGGCCCUGCCAACACCCAUCAAGACUGAAUUCGCUGAAAUCACCGGGCAGAUUCUACUGGAACGCUAUGGGAUGACUGAGAUUGGUAUGGCGCUUAGUUGUGGGUUGGAUCUAGACAAACGCGUCGAUGGAAGUGUUGGUUGGCCGCUCCCUGAAGUGCAGGUCCGUUUGACGGAGAAAGAGACCGGCCGUGUCAUUGAUGGAAUCGAUGAAGAUGGCAUGAUUGAAAUCAAGGGUGGCAACGUGUUCCGAGAAUAUUGGCGCAAACCCGAGGCUACAGCGGCAGAAUUUACGGACGACGGAUGGUUUAAGACUGGCGAUGUGGCAAGACGGGACUCUACGGGCGCUUAUUUCAUUCAAGGGCGUGCAUCUGUUGAUUUGAUUAAGUCUGGUGGAUAUAAGAUAUCCGCUUUGGAUGUGGAGCGCAAGAUGCUCUCGUUAAAAUGCAUUCAAGAGGUUGCUGUUGUUGGACUUGCGGAUCAGGAAUGGGGCCAACGAGUGGCUGCAGUGGUCAAGUUCCGUGAAGGGACUGCGCCGCUGGAAUUGCCUGAGUUGCGUGCCAAACUGAAGAGUGAAAUGGCUACAUACAAGGUCCCGACGGUUUUGAAGGUUGUCGAUGGCAUUGAGCGCAAUGCGAUGGGCAAGGUGAACAAGAAGGUCAUUAUUCAGAAGUAUUGGCCGGAACUUGUCUGA